GUCUCACAUUGUAAACACGCCGGAGUGCAGCGAAGACAAGAAGCGGCGGAUUGACUCAAUCAGUCGACUCCAAUCUGUCCGAUAAUAUUUGCUCUAGUUUCCUCGCAGCAGGAUGGUCGUGUGCUCCAUCAUCGUCCGCAGGCUCGGCGCAAACAGCGUCCGGAAACUCGGCGUCGGACACAUUUUGGGCCGCAGCUCGGCGCUCCGUGUUCGCGGGGUCACCUCCACCCCGGUCAAAUUCGCAGAGAGGAAGUACACGGACAAACACGAAUGGGUGCAGGUGGACGGAAAGAUCGGCACCAUCGGCAUCACAAAUUACGCCCAGGACGCCCUUGGUGACGUUGUCUAUGCACAAUUGCCGGAUCCCGGACAGGAAUUCUCACAAAUGGACGAGUGUGGUGCCCUUGAGAGUGUGAAGGCGGCCAGCGAGUUGUACUGCCCCGUGUCAGGCAAAGUGGUUGCCAAAAACACCGAAGUAGAGGAAACCCCAGGCCUUAUCAACAAAUCGUGCUAUGAGAAAGGUUGGCUGUUCAAAUUGGAGUUGAGCAAGUUGCACGAACUGGACGGCCUGAUGGACGAGGCUCAGUACGAAAAGUUUCUGAAGACUGAUGAUCACUAGUGCCUCUCCGCCGUCCUCCUGAUUCCGAUUGCUGGGCCUCCGACUCGUUUUCAUGCAUCAAAACCGCCCCCUGAUCGAGUAGCAAUCCAGUUGUUAGAGUUCCUCAGUCAAACACAUUGAUUUUAGUCGUCGUGCGAGAACAUUCUGUGAUAGGCAGCCAGCAACGUGAGUGUCAUUUUUGUUACCUGUUGCAUUUUUUUUGUUUCACCGACAGUGGGGUUGAAUUUAAUAAAUAUGAUCAAGUCGUUGAUUUUGAACAAUUAA